AUGGCCAAGCCCGGCUACACCACAGAUGCACACCCAAGAAUCUUAGAGGGCAAUGAUCUCAAGGCGCUUGCGAAAUAUAUGAAGUCGGAUAGCUGUCGGAAUGUUUUCCUUAUGCUUGGGGCUGGUGUGAGUACAUCUGCCGGUAUACCAGACUUCAGAUCGCCCGGUACAGGAUUAUACGCCAACCUCGCCCGGCUGAAACUGCCAUUCCCUGAGGCAGUAUUCGAGAUAGGGUUCUUUAAGAAAAACCCCAUACCCUUCUAUACACUAGCCAAGGAACUUUACCCAGGGCGCUUCCGACCCACGCCCACGCACAGCUUCAUAACACUCCUCCACUCGCAUUCCUUAUUGCACACAUGUUUCACUCAGAACAUAGACACACUUGAGCGGCGCGCAGGAGUGCCGGCGCAAAAGAUCGUCGAGGCACAUGGAAGCUUCGCCACACAGCGGUGCAUUGAGUGCAAAACGCCCUUUGAUGCAGAGAAGAUAAAGAAGGCGGUGUUGAGUGAUGAGAUAGAGAUCCCGAGGUGCGAACAGAAGAGGUGCCGGGGCCUGGUGAAACCAGAUAUUGUCUUUUUCGGUGAAGGGCUUCCCGAUCAGUUCCACCAGUCUAUCCGCAAUUUGCGAGAUGCGGAUUUAUUGAUUGUGUUGGGAACAUCGCUGACUGUGCAUCCAUUUGCCUCUCUUGUGGACCGUGUGCCGAAGGACUGCCCUCGGGUGCUGAUUAAUCUCGACGAGGUGGGCCACUUUAACAAGCCAAACGAUAUGUUGUUUCUAGGGAAAUGUGAUGAUGUUGUGCGUGAGCUAUGCAAAGAGCUUGGAUGGGAGGAGGAGCUUGGUGCCGCUUGGGAAAAGACGAAGUACAGCUUGGAGGCUGGCGAAGAAGAGCCGGAACCGGAACCGGAAGAAACGGUAGAGGAUGAGGUGGAGAAGAUUACAAAGGAUUUAGAGCAGACGCUCAAUGUCAGUGACAAGAAGGAUGAAGAAGGGCCGUCGGCUAAGAGCAAGGCGAGUGAUUUAGUAGAACUGGGAUCAGAUGAAGAGGGCAAGACGAGCCCUGCAGAGUCCCCGACGGAGGGAAAGCUGUAGUGCUUCGAAUUGAUAGAGAUCAGAAUACUCGCUGUAUAGUUUAAGUUGUACCUCCUUGUGGAUCCAUGUUUCCGAUGCUAAAAUGCAGUACAUGUUGUAGGCG